AUGAAGGAGCAGUUUGAGCACUUCAUUCAAACUGACCUCUUUGUCAGCUUGCCCGCCGAAACGGUGCUCACUCUGCUCCGCAGCGAUGAUAUCUCGGUGGAAUCUGAGGAGCAGGUCAUUUGGGCCAUUGCGCGCUGGGUGGACGCCGAUGGUGUUGCCGAUGAUGAGAAGCUGAGAGUGUACGCUCCGGCAAUGCUGAAGGAGGUGCAAUGGCAGCUGACGAGCGUGCAGUGUCGCAGUCGCCUGCUGGAUAGUUAUCCAAUACUACGGAAAAGCCCCGAAUGUCUGUAAGCUGAUGUCAUUUCAGCCCUGUUACUUUGAGAUAAAAGUUGUCUUAUGCUUCAGGUGGAGCAGUGGAUUGGCGCUGCAGAAAAGGACAAGCCUCCUCGCCCCUUCAACAUCAGGCCACGCCUAUGCCAGACGCUCUUCGUCUUUGGAAAGGAUAAAGGUCAAAACAGGUACUCUGUCCUCCGCGUUGACGCGCACCUGCGUCGGGCAGAACGAAUUGCUGACAUGAAGGGUCCUCGUAGUUAUGCCUCCUACAGUGUCGUGGGCGGUGAGUUGCCGGACAGCGCAUGCCGUUUGUUUACGUGCUUGAAGUCUAAUGUGUGUCUCUGUGUGCGCGCAGCAUUUGCCAUUGCGUAGGCAUCUCGAGCUCUUGAGUUAGUCCACAGAAGCAGCUGCAGGUGCUGUUUUGAAGAAAGCAAAUUAAUUAGGAACUUGAACAAGUAAGCUAUUUGUUGUGACUGGCGCCUGUCUAGGGGUUCCGUUUUUAAAGAUGGCCGGUCGGCCAGUAACUUUUGUGUAAGUACACUCAGCUGGCCGCCAUAUGCAUAACCUUUUCCACCUUCCACCGGAAGAGAGCAUUUUCGUUGUUGGUGGAGGAUGCAACCCAGUGCGUGCUGAUGUCGACGAGUUUUUGGCGAGAGAAGGACGCUGGCGCGAGCGUACGCCCCUCGCCUUUGCACGCUGGGAGCACGCAGCCGCAGUCAUAAAUGUGCCCGCCACCGCCGCCGCCGCCGCCGCCGCAGCCGAUGAGAAGACGCUGAUUGGCGUUUUUGAUGGAUGGGGUAGAGAUGCACGCCUUUCCUCCUGUGAGCUCUAUGACGUCAGUCAGGACAGGUGAGAAGACGCCGGUCGUUGUGGCACAUCCAUUUUUGCCAUUAAUAUCACUCACUCACUGUCCCUCUUACCCUCCGCUUCCCCUGCACAGAUGGCACAAACUGCCCGAUCUGCCGGAAAAGAGGAGCAGUUCGGCUGCUGCCUGCCUACCCGGCGACAGUCAGGUCUUCGUUUUUGGCGGUUGCGAUGACUCCUCUUCCCCGCUGGCUUCCGUGGUCUUCUGCCAUUUGCGGGCAGACUGGCAGGGACAGGGGACACCAACGGAGUUUUGGCAGCCAGCUGCCCCCAUGAGAAUCGCACGACGGGGGCUCGCAGCGACGCCAUUUCGGGGAGCAAUCAUGGUCGCCGGUGGAUACGAUGGCCAAAGGACUCUCAAUGUCGUGGAGAUGUUCUCGCUGCCAGACGCCAGCAUACCCCUCGGCCAGUGGACAACGCUGGCCGGCAUGAAGCAGCCUCGCUGGUACUUCACUCUCCUCACCUCCGCCAAGGCUCUCUUUGCCCUCGGUAAGGCGACACACAGAUUAGAUGGAUCCUUUCAUGCUAUUUGCUGGCCUCUUUCAUGUAAAUCCAUUUUUAUUCUACAAAGCUGAAUGAUUACAGCAUCUGGAAGGUGACGCCAGAUCCAACUGUAAUCUGUGACUGACGCCGUGGAGGGUUUUCUCCUGCGCACUGCGCCAUCAGAGCCAGAGGCAGAAGAUAUCAUUGUGAAUACUUCCGAUCCUUUAUUUUUUUAACAAACUUAUUUCUCUCUGGCGCAUUUCCUUUUCAAAUGCCACUUCCUUAUGACUAUGCAAAUGAAACAUUGUAGGCAACGACAGCGCGCCGAAAAACACGGUGGAGACUCUCACGGCUCCAGGAGGUUCAACCGACUCUGACAAUGACUUGGCAUCUUGGGUCUGGUCGUCCAUGAACCCAGUGGAGACGCUGGAGUGCAUUGUUGGAGCUGCAAGCAUUCUGACGUAA